UGCUUCCUUAUCUUUGGAGUUCUUUACCACCUGGAUAUUAAUUUAUGUACUUGUGAAUUAGUGUUUGUGUUUUACUUUUUGGUGCCUUUCUUCCAAGAUAGACCUUUUUUGGUCUCUCCGAUUUCUUUAGUGGUAAGCUUUCCCAGUAUUGGAUACUAGAGUCACAAGACUGAGAUUACCUGAUGGAUAGUUUAUGACCUGCAUCUGAUACACCUGAUAGUGUCAGGUUGCCUGUGAAGCCUCAAAUGAGGAUCAGGAACCAGGGUUCCAUUUCCUGGGACAGCAGUGAUGUUCUCAUAACACAUGUGGACAUGUUGAGUCCGGUUUACAGCACCUGUUCCAAUAGCAUUGGCUUCACAAUAUGCCGCCUGCAAUAUGUCACCCUUCAUAAUCUCAGAGAAUACCAUUACCUGAUUUGAAUGAAUACACUUCUUGACUGUCCCUACCGCUCCUGCUUUACUUUAUCAUGUUCUGUAAUUCAGUCAGUCUCCCUACCCUCCCUCCUUUUUUACCCCUAUUAUUCUGUUUAGCCCAUAGAUGCCAUUACUUGGCUUGAAUGGGAUCACUUCCCUUAUGUAAGGUCUUUUUUCAGAAUUGGCUGGGCACAGCUACAGGGAAUUGCCCUCUAAAAUGUCCAAAACAAUGGAAUUUUGUUUCAAUUUUAAGUCAAGAGUGAUUCAAACAACCCAGAUACUGGGGCCUCACACUUGUAAUCUGAGCUGUUCAAGAGCCUGAGAUCUGAGGAUUCCAGUUUGAAGCCAGCCCACGCAGACAAGUCUGAGAUUCUUAUGUCCAGUUAGCCUGCAAAAAGCUUGAAGAAGAGGUAUAGCUUAAGUGGCUGAGUGCCAGCCUUAAGCUAAGUGAGAGCCUGAGGACCCGAGUUCAAACCCCACUACUGGCACACAUAAACAAACAAAAGAUUCAAACAUAUUUGCUAGGAUUUUCCCAGUUGACACUUCUCUUCAGACCAACUCACGUCUCUAAGCCCCUUCUGAAUAGGAAUUCUAAAACUAUCACUUUUUCGUUGCUUCCCACGAUGUAGUGAUUCAUACCACAUACACCACACUUGGAAUGGAACAUAAAGCCUUUAUUUGGCCUGCAAGUCCUUGCAUGAUCUAGCUCUCCAUGACCUCAUCACGGACCUCACUCUUACUCCAGCCACACUGGCCCUUUUUCUUACAUUUUUUUUUUUUCCAGAGAAGCCAAACACUUUCUUACCUCAGGUCCUUUUGCACAGGCUAGUCCCCUCUUCCUCACUCUUUGCUUGGGUAAAGCUUAUUCUGCCCGCCUAUUUCCCACAGAGGGUUUUCUUCAUUAAUUUAGCACAGUCUGUGCACUUACUGGUUAGUGUGUCCCUUCUCCACAGAUCACUUGCUGCAGAUGGCCAGGUAUGGUGUUCGGUUUGCUGGGUAUCCAUGGCUUAUCCUCGGCAGUGAGUAAUUACCUGCGGAAUGAACGAAUAUCAUAACUGCCACAGCUACCACCAGUAGCUGUAAAAUCAUAACUAUUACCCUUGGUAUAACCACUUUGGCUCAUGGGAAGUUCUGAGCCAUUGUUGGAGCAACCUAAAUGUCAAUAUCCCCUGCCUUCAUCAAUACGGUUAUUAUUUUUUGACAUCAUCUAUAAUGUUUUUUCCAAAUUUACUCAAAUAUAGUUUCUCAAACUUAUUUUUCUGUUCUUGGCAUUUCUCUUAGAUUUAAGAAGAUAUGUUAGCAGAGUGCCUUCAGGGGAACUAUCCUAACUUUUGAAAAACAGUAUUGAACAUCAGCUAAUUGCUUUACAUAUUGAUUGAUGUAACUAAAAAUUUUCUAUGAGACGGAGUGGUUAUGUACUAAUUUAUCCCAGGAUCGUUAGAGAGAAGGAUAUUCUGGCUGCAGGUUACACAGAGGGAAGACUAAGAAACUAAAUGACCAAGGUCUAGCUCUAGAUUCUAAGUCUGUGAUUUAACCCCGCCUCCUUUCUCCCUGGCUCCCCAGGAAUCUCUUUGCCCUUCUCCCCUAAAUUCAAUCCUUGGAAUAGCACCAGAUUGUAUUAGAACCUUCCAAGUCCUAACUAUUUAGAAUCUCUUUACUUUUUAAUUUUGAAAUGACCUCUGCCUAAGAAUAUGUCUCUACCAAGGUAAUGCCCUUGCUUCUUGGAAUCCAUCAAGAUGAAACAGUAUUAAAAAAAAGUGUGAACGUUGUGCUGUUACAGGUCCUCCCCCCUCCCCCCAAUAGAUGUUCCAACCUGGAAUAAAACACAGCAUCGAAAAAGGAAGUCAGAUGUAUGUUUACUUGUUUAUAUCACAAAGCACUUUUGGAAACCCGACUGGGAGAGAUAAACGGUUAGGGGAAAAAUGGCAGUGGCAGAGCUCGGUUGGGGUUCGCAGCCCGGAGGCUGGGCGCCUUUAACUCGGCGGCGUGACCUGGCGUCCCGGGCCCGCGCCGCGGCCGGGGCGCCCCGCUCGCCCCCUCCCCCCGCCGGCCCGGCGCGCGCAUUGUGGUCCUAGAGCGAUUGGUUGCUGGACCCGAGACAGCGGUGCGGAGCCGAGCGGGGCUCCGGGGCCGCGGCCAGCACGCCGCCUCGCCGGCUGGCAGUGACUUCCACCCGGGAUUCAGGGGGGUCGCGGGGGCCGCGGAAGAGUGCUCCCGGCGGGGUGCCCCGGGCGCCCCCGAACGCGGCGGUCAGUCGGUCGGAGGAGGUCGCGGCGGCGCCCCCCGCCCUCUGCCCCGGGGCUUCCUCCGGGGUCGUCGCAGGUGGGCCGGACCGGACCAGGCCGAUCUCUCCGUUCCCACGGAGACUCGCUUUCUCCGCGAGGGGGAGGGGCCACCCUAAAAUAUGUAAAUUACCCAAGCGCGGUCUCCAGGCUGGGGCACCGGCCCAGGUCCCGGGGUCCUCGCCGGCUGCUGGGUGUUUUCCAUGCAAAUGAGAAAUCUGGCGGCCUCGGCGCUCCCACUCCCGGCAGAUGGGUGAUUAGCCCGAGCCGGGGCGGCUGCUGUCCUGCUUCCUGCCCUUCCGCAGCCCCUCCGCGCGCUCGCCGCGGAGCCGGGCGCGGCGCCGCCGUGCGGGGGUCGGUCGGCGGGCUCCGCAUCCUCGGCCGCCCACGGCUCCCGUCGCCGCCCGGGUCAGUAAGUAGGAGCAUGCCUGCGGACAGGGGCACGUGCGUGUGGGCGCAGCCAGCCAGCCGCCCACUCACCCACGCACACCUCCCGGAGCCUCGGGGGGAAGGAGAUUGACGAGGCGCCGCAGUCGCCAGGACGACUCGGGCUCUUCCUGGAUUCCGCAAGGAGCCCGCUUUGCCGGGCUGCAGCCGCUGUCUGUGGAGCCCGGCCGGAUCCCUCAGCUUCCCCGGGCCACCACCCCCCCCCCCCCCCAUCUGAGCCUCGGGAAGGAAGAUCGCCGCCCAGGGACUGACUGCCGGGGAGGCCGAGCCGGGUCGACUUCGGGGGUGCUGCGGGCCGCGCGGCUCCUAGGCCCGGAGGGACACGGCUUGGACACUGUCAUCCCCACGCCGCGGCGUUGAGAGCCUCCUGGCGCAGUGGGGCUGCCGCUGCCGCCGCCGCCGCCACCGCCCCUCUGGCUUCCCGGGUGCCCGAUCCCGGGUCAGCCCCGGAGGCCUCGGUUUCCUCAUUUGUUUGGGUCUUUUGUGCCGAGGCUCGCACAGUUGGCUAAGCACUCCAGCCGCUGAAUCGGGCCAUUGUCUGCGCUCCCAUUGCUUCCACGCUGCAAGUCUCGGCGCCCCCACCCCGCCCGCCCCCUCCCCGCCUCCUCCUGGCCGCGGAGCCUCCAAAACGUGCCUUUCGCCUCCCCCCCAGGAAUCUGGAAGCUAUAAGCCGAGCGGAUUGCAAAUGAAGUGUAAUGCAUUGUGGGACGUGUGUAAAAUCGGAGCCUUCGCCGUGGGGGUGUGGGGGGGCGUGGGGAGGGCCGGACCCGCUGCUGGCGGUGUAGACGCCGACGACGAGGAGGGGCUGGGAAAAUGUGCGCAGAGUCCGCCCGGGUCGUGCCCGCCGUAGACGGAUGAAGCAGCGCGCUGCGCUCCGGCGCUGAGGCCCCACGCUCGGGGGCAGCAGGUCGCCCUCCACACCAUGAAGAAGACCCGGAGCACAACCUUGCGGCGAGCCUGGCCUAGCUCGGAUUUCUCAGACCGGGCCUCGGACCGCAUGAGGUCCCGCAGCGAGAAGGACUACCGUCUGCACAAGCGCUUCCCCGCGGCCUUCGCGCCCCAGGCUUCGCGGGGCUACAUGACAUCAGGUGAUGUAUCACCAAUCAGUAUGUCUCCCAUCAGUCAGUCUCAGUUUAUUCCACUCGGGGAAAUCCUUUGCUUGGCCAUCUCAGCAAUGAACUCAGCGAGAAAACCUGUCACCCAAGAAGCACUGAUGGAACACCUGACCACGUGUUUCCCAGGUGUUCCCACCCCAAGCCAAGAAAUUCUUCGGCAUACCCUGAACACAUUGGUACGGGAGAGGAAAAUCUACCCAACUCCAGAUGGUUACUUCAUCGUGACCCCACAGACCUAUUUCAUAACCCCAUCCCUCAUAAGAACUAACAGUAAAUGGUACCAUUUGGAUGAGAGGAUACCUGACAGGUCUCAGUGUACUUCUCCACAACCUGGAACCAUAACGCCCUCUGCCUCAGGCUGUGUCAGGGAAAGGACAUUGCCCAGAAACCACUGCGACUCUUGCCACUGCUGCCGGGAAGACAUGCACAGCAUGCACGCCUCCACGCUGCAGAGGAAAGCCACCAAGGACUGCAAAGACCCCUACUGCCCUCCUUCGCUCUGCCAGGUGCCACCCACGGAAAAAAGCAAAAGUACUGUCAAUUUUUCUUACAAGACAGAAACUCUCUCCAAACCGAAAGAUAAUGAAAAGCAGUCAAAAAAAUUCGGGCUCAAGUUAUUCCGGCUAAGUUUUAAGAAAGAUAAGACUAAACAGUUAGCCAAUUUUUCUGCCCAGUUCCCCCCUGAAGAAUGGCCCCUGCGUGAUGAAGAUACGCCAACCACUAUCCCUCGCGAAGUAGAGAUGGAAAUCAUUCGGCGUAUUAACCCGGACUUGACCGUGGAAAAUGUCAUGAGACACACUGCACUAAUGAAGAAACUUGAAGAAGAGAAAGCUCACAGGAGCAAAGCGGGAUCCUCAGCCCACCACAGCGGGAGGAGUAAAAAGAGUAGGACUCAUCGGAAGUCCCACGGGAAGUCUCGCUCCCAUAGUAAGACACGGGUGUCUAAAGGAGACCCUUCCGAUGGCUCCCAUCUGGAUAUCCCUGGCGAAAGAGAGUAUGACUUUUGUGAUCCCUUAACCAGGGCCCCUAGGGAGGGCUGUUUCAUCAUUGAACACAAAGGAGACAACUUCAUUAUGCACAGCAACACAAACGUGAUCGAAUCCCACUUCCCCAUGACACCAGAAUGGGAUGUGUCUGGUGAAUUGGCCAAAAGGAGAACUGAGAUGCCUUUUCCUGAACCUUCCAGGGGAAGCUCCCACUCAAAAGUGCACCGAAGCCACAGCCAUACCCAAGACCGAAGGUCCAGGAAUGAGAGAUCCAACAAAGCCAAGGAGAGGUCCAGAUCCAUGGAUAACUCCAAAGGUCCCCUGGGUGCUUCUUCUCUCGGGACUCCUGACGACCUGGCCGAAGGGUGUAGCCAAGAUGACCAGACUCCCAGCCAAUCCUACAUCGACGACAGUACUUUAAGGCCUGCCCAGACUGUUGGUCAUCCGAGGGCUCACAUCUCAUCCACAAGCUAUAAAGAGGUGUGCAUUCCAGAAAUAGUCAGUAGCAGUAAAGAACCUUCUAGUGCAUGUAGCCUUUUGGAGCCAGGCAAACCCCCAGAGAGUUUGCCUUCCUAUGGUGAACUCAACUCUUGUCCAACAAAAACAGCCGCCGAUGACUAUUUCCAGUGUAACACCUCCAGUGAGACAGUGCUCACGGCACCCUCACCCUUGGGGAAGAAUAAGGAGGACCAUGACACACUAACCCUGGCAGAAGGGGUGAAAAAGCUGUCUCCAUCAGAGCGGCAAGUCCCCCAUUCCUCCAGGGAACCUGCCGGGCACAAGGAAGAGUCACCAAAAGGGCCUGGUGGAGGCCCUGCCGCUUCAGGGGGAGUAGCUGAAGGAAUUGCCAAUGGACGCCUCAUCCAACAUCAUAGCACUGAGCCCAGCAGCCUAGACAAGAGGAAAGAGAUAUUCAGCAAAGAUACCCUGUUCAAACCUCUCCACAGUACCUUGUCUGUAAACAGCUAUCACAAAUCCAGUCUGUCCCUCCUCAAAUCUCACCCCAAAACACCUGCUGACACACUGCCAGGCCGAUGUGACAAACUGGACCCUUCCCUUGGGACGUCGGCGGCACAAGCCAUGCCUGCUUCCCAGCGCCAGCAGGAGUCUGGAGGGAACCAGGAAGCCUCUUUUGACUAUUACAAUGUCUCUGAUGAUGACGACUCUGAGGAAGGAGCCAACAAAAACCCAGAGGAGGAGAAAAAUAGAGAUGAUGUGGGCACUAUGCAGUGGCUCCUGGAGAGAGAGAAGGAGCGAGACUUGCAGAGGAAAUUUGAGAAGAACCUUACCCUCCUCACCCCAAAAGAAACAGACAGUAGCAGCAACCAGAGAGCCACCCAUUCCGCUCGGCUUGACAGCAUGGACAGCAGCAGCAUCACCGUAGACAGUGGAUUCAACUCCCCACGUACUCGGGAGAGCCUGGCUUCCAACACAUCAAGCAUCGUUGAAAGUAACCGCCGUCAGAAUCCUGCUCUGAGCCCAGCCCAUGGUGGAGCUGGCCCAGCCUUCAACUUCCGUGCAAGUGCAGAUCCCCCAACCAAUGAAGCUGAGAAAUUACAGAAACCUUCCAACUGCUUGCAAGCUUCUGUUACUAGUGUGUGAUAGUCCUUCUGCCUCAGAUCUUCUGUCUUAUUCGAUACAGCAAAGUUUACGACGCUGGGGCUGAUGUUUACAUCUUUGGAAAGACAAGCAUCUCCAGUGCAGUUCGGGGUUCACUUCAACUGUGCUGCUAAGUAGGCUAGGGCAAAAAAAUUCUUUAUUUCAGAGUAUUGCUCUUUUCACAUUUAUGGCUCUGUAGCAACUGAAUAGCAGUAGGGGUGAUAUGUAUACUUUUGCUUCACUAAUUGUAGCCUGAGCACACAUAGGGAAGUCUAGACACUGUAAGUGGAAUAUGCAUUUUCAAUGUCAUGCAAUUGCCAAUUUCAGUUUUAAAUGCCACAGGUGCGUGUUGCUCCCAGUCUGUGGUUAAAUGGGGCCACAGACUGAUCCUUACCACUUAAAAAAAAAAUAAAGCCGCUACGAAUAUCAAGUUCAAGAUGUUAACCUUGAGGGAAAUUAAUGCCAAACUGACCGGAGGGACACCCCCUACCCCCACACACACCAGCCCCUUUGCGUGUGAAAUCUUCUUUAUGCACCCGUCAUUCUUCACUGUGAGUUUUCAUGACACUUUUUACAGGAGCCCAUGGAAGUGUGUCAAAGGGGUCAUGAUGGAAAAACUGGCAGUGCUUGUUUUUACGUUUUAUUUUCUAGUAUAUCAGAUGCUUGUCUUGAUUUUUUUUAACCUUCCAUAAUCACAAACAGGAAUAUAGGCCUUUGAAUCUGCUGUGGGAAAAGGGAGAGAAUUCCCAAUCUGGCGGGGUACAGUACUAAGUGAUGGAAGAGGUCAUUGUUGUCUUUUAAAAGCGAUCAGUCAAAUAUUGAAAGGAGAAUUUCCUCCUUGUGAUACUUAUGAUGAUCCUAUCUUACUAUAAUAGAUACAAUAAUUAGUUUGUUUAAAAGCAAAAUGUUCUUUGUGAUACAAAUGAAGAGUAUGGCCUGAGGAUGUUAUUCUUUCUAAUGGAAGGACAUAAAUCUAUUUUAUGUAGUUUUAAAUAGAAUGCCUAAAUUAGGCUGAGGGAAAUAAUUUUUAGUGGUUAUAGGAAAGAGCAAAUUUAGGGAGAGUUGAACUUCAGGCCUUUUAUUCCUGGGAAGAUAUCUAUAGAGAAAACUUUAAAGUACUUUUUGAUUAGAAAUAUACAUGUGCCCAUGAAAUAACAGAAUGUGCUCAUUCUGCUUGUGUGGUAUAACAAUGAUUUGUACUCCCCUAAAAUUUACCAGAAUAACAAUUAUGCAUUCAUGAACUAUGCCAGAGUAAUGUUUACAGAUACUUUGUAACCAAUUUCAGGAGGUGUUUGAUGGAGUCAUUAGCCCAAGUUAUUUCAAAAUGGUUUGUUCAUUUACAAUGUCAUGUUGAAUUGGAAGAAGGCUCAGCUGCAAAGGGGUUACAAAACAAUUAAGUGAACUCCAGUCUUACAGGAAAGAGACAUUUCAAAAUUCUCUUCACCCCCUUCCAGAAUAAUGGAAUACAUCUGUAGGUAAUGGAAAACUAUUUGCAAAAGGGUUAUUACUUCAAUAGCUAGUAAAUGAUCUGACAUAAACUUUUAUUUAGUUUAGUGGCUUGUGCUAUUUGGAGCCAUAUGCUAUAAAUAAUAUAUGUAUAGAUACAUAUAUAUCUAAAACUCUAAAAUAUUUUCACCUAAGAUUUUAAUAACUGGCAUAAAAUUUGUAAGACACUUCUGUUUCCACAUCAGGCUUAAUUACUUGCAAUCUGUUUAAGAGAUACGUUCAUAUAUAUGUAUGUAUAUAUAUGUUCAUAUUAAUUCUUGAAACAUGUGAAUACCCUCUCAUGCUUUAUCAACUAUUUGGAAACUGCAUUGGGUCCAACUAAACUCCUCAAAAUUGGAAAUUUCCUUUUGUGUAAUCAUCACAGUGAAACUUAAGCACAUUUUCUUUUUUGGUUAACUACCACAUCAUCUAAAGAUUUAAACCAAUUGUUUUUCAUUUGCAUGCCUUAUUUCCUCCAAGGUGCGCCUCGAUUGCCCAGAAAUGAAUUGGUUAUCUCAUUGCUUCAAGUAUAUUGAAAAGGAAUGAUCAUGUACCUAAUAGACUACAUGCUCUGUUUCCUUGGGGAACUGUAUACCAUACAGUUGCUAAUAUUUUUUCUGUCUAAAAUUCAUUUUUCCCCCAAAAACCUUCUCUCAAAAUCUUACCAUACUCCAUUUAUAAAUAAUGUAAACAUUAAAAUGAUACAUCAGCCUCUGGUUGACCUCUGAAAGUCUCCAUGGAAACAAUCAAUGCUGUAUGAGCAGGAAAGGAUAUCAUUACCUUUAAGAGAAGCUUUAAAAUAUGAAUUUAUUGAUGUUUCACAAAGAAAUAGGUUUACAGAAGAUAUUAUUCAAAUGAAAUGUGUAUGCUAAUUUGCUGGUGUUGUGGAAUACAUGGCUUAAAAAAACACAAACAAAGCAAAAUUUCCGUGGACCAGCAGCAGCCAUUAGCAUAGAACUGAUAGGCUUUAAAGAUGCUCUACCAUGUAAACACAUGUUCCAUGUAGAAAUGCUCUCAUCUGAAUCCAGUCUGCCUUCUUCAAUGGAGGAGUUGGUGGCAGGAGGCAACUCAUUCACAGAUGUGACAUGUGGAGAUACACAUGUGCAAGAGAGUCUCACCAUAGGGAUACUCAGGACCCCCAACUAUGAGGCCAUCUCCUUGCUUCUCCAGUGGAACCCUAGCUUUGUAUUACACGAUUGCUUAUCUAGUCCUAAGAGUUUCUCCACAGUGGGUUUACAAAACUGAGUCAGGUUGAAUCUCUGUGAGGCGUCAACACAUCUGUCAGCAUUUUGCACACAUGUAUUAUUAUGAUACAGCAUAUUACUUUAUGGUAAUUUUUAUUUUUACAUAUAACUACCUCCAUGAAUUUGAUGAGAUGGCAGCAGUGUGUUCAAAGGGUAUUGUUCAGAAGAGCAACGUUUCAAACUUCAACUUAGGCCAUGGCAUUCUGUGUGUGUGUGUGUGUGUGCGCGCAUGUGUGCAUGUGUGUUCGUGCAUGUGUGCACCUGUGUGUCAGUGACUGCUCAUGUGGACUCAUGAGUUUUUCACCUCUAUGGUUUCUUCCAUGGCCAUCUUUGGCUUUCAGCUGUAAUUCUGUCUUCUUUUCUCUUCCCCGAGAAAGUGCACUUGAUUUUGUCACAAAUGAACAGAAGUUUAAGAAUUCUUGGUCUUCCCCCAUCUCCAUUCCUGCUCAAAGUUGCCUCUGGCAAAGAGCCAGUUGGUAAAUAUAAUUUGGCCAACUAUUUGCUCCUAUAGAAAUCUGAUUGGAUUGCUAGUAUUUCAGUAACAGAAGACACACAAGAAAUCUGGACUGCCAAUUGUGAAGCACUUUGGGCCUCUUGGCCUUUCUCGCAUACCACCCUGUGCAGCCCAGCCUUCACUUUCAUGAAAAGAGCUGUGCUGUACAUUUCACAACUUCUGUUGAAUAAUUUGGAUUCCAUUUGAUAUAUUUUGCACAUCUCAGGGGACCUUAAUGAGCAUAUGAAAAGGGGGUGUAUCCAAUAGAAAAAAUAAAUAGAGCUGAGAGGGGACUGACUAGCUGGAUAAAAAUAACAAAUUCCUGCUUCUCUGAUGUGGGGACCUCAAGUUCAGGAAGCAUAAAUUCAAAGUUAAUCUGGAGUAACAAUGAUCUGAACACCAGUUGUUCUCAACUGUCUUUAAUAUAACCCAGUCAGCAUUUCAAAAAUGCCAAUUUAAAUUCUGUUGCAGUCACUAUCAAGAGAAGAAACCAGUUGGAUGGAAAAGGAAGCAUGGGUCCUCUUUUAGGUCGACACAGCGUUGUAAAGUUCUACCAGGAUAAACCACUUGUUACCACAAAGUGUACUUGAAACUAAAGUUUUUAACAUAAAUGAUAGGCAUAGUUCUCAUAAUACAAUAGGGGUCACUUUUGGAAAAGCCUCACCAUUUAUAACAUGGGUAGAUCUGGAUUUAAAAGCCAAUGACAACUAAUAAUGCUUUCAAAACACUAGAUUCACAAACCAUUAGCACAGCAGGUCAGAUUUGUAAUCCCCAUACUUGAAGUGAGUACACAAAAGGAGCAACUUUAGAUUACCCCAAAACAAUGGCAGCUACCAAUGACCUGUUUUCUAUCUCUUUGAUAGACCAUCAUUAGCAAUCACUAAAUACAAUGCUAUUUUUCUGAUGUGUGUUAAUCCAGUCAAACAAAUAACACUUUACACUUUUAUCCAUUCUCAUUCAAAAAGUUCAGAGUAUUUUGGAAGCUCACACCUCAGCACACCUUACGAGAAUUGAAUUACAAAGUGAAAGAUGAGCCAACUCACCUCAAUGCUUUUGCAGUCCAAGGCCAAUCCAGACAUUCACCCUUGUUUACAGUUUUAUAUUGGGUUUCUCUAAUUCCCAUGAUAAAACAUUCCCAUCUUUAGAACAUAACCGAUCUAGGCAGUGGAAGGUGCUGAAACAAAACUUUUGAAGUCUUCACCAAUGCUCCAUUGCACAAUAGAAAUUCCAUCCACUCAGUUGAUCCCUACCUGAUGAGAUCUACACUUCCAAGGGAGCUGAUCCAGCUAGGAACUGUGAGAUCCUCCACAUAGAUCUGGUCAGUUCUCCCAGGUCAGUCCUCCAUCUAACCAGCAGUAGGUUCUGUCCAACCACAGUGAGCCAGACACAAGUGGUUCUCACCCCUUCCCAUCCCCCUGUACCACCUUUCCCAUUGUUAAAGUCAUUGGUAUCUUGCGUUCAUGAAAGACUCUUCUGCAUACAUCUAGGGUUUGGGAAUCUAGAACAUGGGGGAAAAUUAAAACAAUGGGAGACAGGGUUUUUUUUUUUUUUGCAUUAGUAAAAUAAUGGGCAAGGAAAGAGAUUAUGAUCUGUCUAAGCUUUGCCAAGUAAAAUAAAAGGAUAAGCUGCCACCCUGUCCCUUUCACAGAAGGCUUUAGAGUAUUAAGGAUACAUUCAAUCUCUUCUCACAAGACCUUUAUUUAGAAGACAUUCCAUAACACAUAUAAAAUAUUUUAUUGUUAAAUAAAAUAUUCAUGCAGGCAUUAGCAUCUUCCCAAAUGAGCUAAUCUUUGCCUUUUUUUUUUUUUUGCAGCAGUAUCCCAGAGAGAGAUUCCCCAGUGACUGCUCCUCUAACACAUUAUCCUGUGUUUUACAGUGGUUCUAUGACUUACACUUGACUAUUUGCAAGAUUCAGAAUUCUACAAAGCUCAAUGGGGCAUUAAACCUCCUUACAACUGUGAUCUGUUACAGGGCUUUAAUUGCUGGCUUCACAUGGGAACACACAUACACCAUGCCAACAAUGGAACAGUUCCGAGUGAGACAGCCAUGGCCCUGGAAGGGUAGCAAUGGAAGGUAGAUGUUUGGCUAGCCCUUUGUGCAGCUGCCUACCUCCCAGUCCAAAGGCUGAGUUUGGUACCCUGUUCCCUGGCUCCCACUAAAAAGAGGUACCACAGCUGAGCUCUCCUUCCAUACCAGUCCUUUGCACUUACAGGAAGUUAAUCAUCUAGUAUGCACUCAGCAGCCCCACCCCUUCCUUUCCUCAGAGGGCCACUCUCCCUGCCUCCUUCCCAUCACCCAAUUAGAUUCCCUACACAACAGUUUCCACAUUGCCAGGGCAGAAUACUGCAGUGCUGGUUAGGAAGAAAGCUGCCCUAGGGUCACUUUCAUGUAAGUAUCAAUAACUGCAAAUCAAAGUCCUUAGAGCAGUGACAUAGAUACUUUUUUGGAAGAGAAUUAAAUUUAAAUGUCAAGUUUAAAAGGAUCAUAAUUCUGCAGGUAUCUUUCUCUGAGUGACUGAAUGUGACUAUUGCAUUAGGGUACAUGAAUUAAGAAGUGCAAGUGGGGUUUACUGUAUGUUAGAAAGGAGUUUUGCAGCCAAGACUGCCUUGAAUAAAAUGUGUUUGCACUGAAAAAAAUAAAUAAAUUACUUGGUCUCUGGUUGCUGUAAAGGUCAUCCAAGAUGGAUGUUCUGUUUAUAUUGUAUAGUAUUUCAUAUGAAAUAAUUACAGUUCAUGAAAUGUCUUCCCUAAUGUUACUGAUUUAUAACAGCACAUUUGUAACAUGGUUUUUAUCGUGUCAGUGUACCAUAUUGUAAAUGAAGAUUACUUGUCAUGCUUAGUAUAAUAACUUAAAAGAAAAAAAAAGGACAGGGAUUUUUGUAAGUCUAUAUUUGAAAGUCCCUCCAUAUGGUAAUAUUGUGUUCAUGUUGUUUAUGUAGUGUUGUGUGAAUAUCCAUUUUGGAUUGUGUUACUUUUUAAGAUAUUAAAUAACAUUUGGUUAUAUGUC